CUGUUUACCGGCGAUAAUUCUCAAUGACUUUAUAGUUGUCACACGACGAUCAGAGGGAAAACAAGUGAAAACUUCUGAUUACGGAGUUAUUUGUGGAUCAGCAUUGGAGGCAGAAUGUCGGCGGGAGUACUAGCUGGAAAAGUGGCCUUGGUAACAGGUGCCGGUUCGGGAAUCGGACGAGCCACCUGCCGCAUUUUGGCCAGAGAUGGAGCCAAAGUGAUCGCCGCGGACCGCAAUCUCCAGGCGGCCCAGGAAACCGUCCAGGAACUGGGAUCGGAUCGUUCCGUCGCCCUGGAGGUCGAUGUCUCCUCCGCCCAGAGUGUCCAAUCCUCGGUGGCCGAGGCCCUCAAGAAAUUCCAGCAGGCCCCCACCAUUGUGGUCAACUCCGCCGGUAUCACUCGCGAUGGCUAUCUCCUCAAGAUGCCCGAGAAGGACUACGAUGACGUGUACGGGGUCAAUCUGAAGGGCACCUUCCUGGUGACCCAGGCCUUCGCCAAGGCCAUGAUCGAGCAGAAACUGCAGAACGGCAGCAUUGUGAACCUCUCGAGCAUCGUGGCCAAGAUGAACAAUGUGGGCCAGGCCAACUAUGCGGCCACCAAGGCAGGCGUGAUCUCCUUCACAGAGGUGGCCUCCAAGGAGUUCGGAAAAUUCGGCAUCCGGGUGAACUGCAUCCUGCCGGGCUACAUAGACACGCCCAUGGUGGCGGUGGUUCCGGAUUCCGUGAAACAGGAGGUGGUGAAGCGCUGUCCACUGGGGAGAUUGGGCCAGCCGGAGGAGAUCGCCGAGGUCAUCGCCUUUCUGGCCUCUCCCCAGUCGUCCUACGUCAAUGGGGCCGCCAUCGAGGUCACCGGGGGUCUCAAGUGAUUGGGGAAAAUGGAAAACAAUACAUACAACACCACUUUUAUAGCUCGAAGUUCCCUGAAACCUUACCCAUAUAAAUACAGGUAAAAUCAAUUCAAAAUACAGCUGGAGUUCCGAGUUAUGAAAGAUGGAUUGUAUAUAUUAUAGGGGUGGGGCCCAGAAAAUUGCAUUUACUUGUCCAGCCAUCCGGUGAAAUUUUUUUUGAUUCUAAAUAUAUGUAGCAAUUAUAA